GACUCCGACUCUGAUGCCGAGGAAGACUUUGACUUCGUACCAGUGGUUUCGCAAGACAUUGUCCACGUUCUUGCGAAGACACCUCCACACCCACGACAAUCUAUCCAGCAUCAUGAAACCAUGCAUGGCGCCAUCGAUUUUCUGCCUGCUUUCAAGUCAUUUUUACGGAAGUACAUGCCACACAAUCACAUCGUGCCCGGUUAUCAAGACCAUUUUGAUGUUUUUCGGCAAGCUGUCAUAAUCAUUCCCCCCAACCCCCGUGUGUCGGAGUUACCGAAGCGUCUGCGGGUGAGGGCAACACCUGAAGUGCUUCCAUCACCUUCUGGACGGAAGCCAGGUUCUCCCGCGCGAUUUGACAUGGCGUUGUUGACUGAUGGUGUCCGAGCAUCAAAGUUGUACACUUUGGAAGUCAUAGCUGUUCAGGUUGCGCAGGUGCGUGUAAUCUUCACGCUGCCUCGUCAGUUCGGCUCAUACUCGCGACCUCUUGCCUAUGUUGAAUGGUUCACGCCAUUCAGGGAGCCAGACCAGUUCUCAGGUUUGCGUCAAGUUUCACGUUCGACUCGUCACUUACGUUGGAAUGGAGCAGUCGUACACGUCGACGAGCUUGUUCGGCCAUGUCACCUUGUUCCGAAAAUGGGCCAAAAGGUAGACCCCAGCUGGACAAGCGCAAACGUCUAUGAGAUGGCAAGCAAUUUCUAUUUCAACGAAUUUAUUGACCUUGAUAUGUUUUGCGUCUCAAGUGCCAUUACAUAG